AUGUCACCUAGUCCACGUCGGCUGGAUACAAAGAAGAAACAAAAUUCGCUGGAUUCGAACCAUACAGUGCCACAACACGGUGGAAAUACCACUGGCCAUCAAAUACAUCAAGCAACGGUACAUUUCGAGUGCGAUCAAGACGGCUCUAUCAUCCAUGAAGUAAAGACUGAGUCCUCGAUCGAGGACAAAUCCAAUAAGUAUGAAAACGUCAGUGACAAUGGUAGCGAAAUUAGUGACGAGGGCUACCGCAGUUUAGGAGUAAUACAGUCAAACGUUGCUCAAGCUCAAACACGUGUUUCCCUGUACAGCCAAGCGUCGAACGAAGAUGCUGAAAUUACUGCAAAUCUCGAACAAACUUCUUCAGAAUCACAAGUAACACCAACCGAAGAUAGCAGUUCCAAAGCUAACGACGAUGAUUUGGCUACUAUCUCAGAUGAAGUCACAACAAGAUCUGAUGAUGCGGAGAAGAUUGGCGAGCUAACAGAUCACGUCGAUUCAACACAAAUUUCUGAUAACGAGUUCGCUAAAUCUGGCGUUUUCAUAACAGAAGACGACAUCAGGAUCGAUAUUGCUGGUAGCACAGGCUUGAGAAAGACGGGAUUUUCAGGAAAUCUAUACGAUUCUAUUACUAAUACCGCAAUUGCACCCAAACUCACAAAUACAAGUAGAAUUCCAGUUUCUCCCGUAGCACCGAGACGCAAAAGUGUCGAAAACCCUACAACAGUUGUUACCGAAAAAACAUCUUUGAACCGAAAAAUUCCAACUUACCGAUCCGUACGCAAGAUUAAUCAGGCUUCCGAUCAAAAGGAUAACACAUGGAGUGGCAGGACCACAAAGCAAAGAUCAACUUUAGCAGCAGACACUUUUGAUACCAGAAUAGAAUCCUCUGGAGUAAAAUUGUCUGGCAGCUCACCGUCAAGAUCAUCUCAAUAUGAUAAGAAUGGUAGAAGAUUAAAAACUGGUAGCAACUCAGCCAAUACGUCGCCAAACAAAAAUGGACACACUUCUGUUUUGGUACAACAAUUGAUGGAAGCAGCAUCCGGUGCCCAAAAUGACACGCAAAUCAUAGUUAAGGUAAAAGAAUUGCUCUCCAAAUAUUCCGUUGAUCCACCGCAACCAAUAGCCAAUAACAUGAUUGAUGAUUUCACCGCGGCAUGGGUGAAUAAUAAUGGGAUCGUCGAUCAUAAUGUAGUGAACGGGUGA